UCCAUUCACAGAAACGCUGGCUCGCUCGCCGGCCCUUUCAUUCACACAAACGGCAUCUCAUUCACAUUCUAUCGGUUUUUGUCUGCUUCUAAUGAAGACCACGGCCUGGGAAUGGUGGGGCUGACUCGCUUCACACUGGAGGGGGACUCUAAUCACCACCGAAACCGCCUGUGGGCUGCGCAUCUGCUGUUGCUAUGCAAGCUAGGGGAAGGGAGAAGAGAGAGUGCGGGGUGGCUGCUGGGCUAGGGCUGCGGCGCGGCUGGAGAGCGGAGGGGACGCGCUUGCUGAGCCGGGGAGGGCUCGGCUGCUCUGCGCCUCCUCGUCCCCUGGAGCCGGCCUCACCCGCCCUCCCGCCAUGGGUGGUUCUCCCUAAACUCCAUUUCCCGGGGCUCCCCGAAAGCCUGGGAACCUCGCUGGCACCCGUGAUCAGCCCCCCCGGCGGGCGCGAGAAGACUCAGGGUGACCUGCUAGUGUGCUAGAAGCCAAAGGCAUCCGCUUGCACAGAAGUUACCGGGGAAACUUUGACAGCGAUUGACGUCUUCCCCUGCGGUGCCACCUGGCAGAGGCGGCCGAGGAAGGGGUCAGUGGGUCCCAGAGUCUCGCACAGACCUUCGGGGAGGCUGUCGACGUCCUAUCCGCCUCAGCGCCAGGAGGAAGGCCUGUGUGUGUCCCUGCAAGCCUGAGCCCGGCUCCCAAGGAUGAGGCCGCUCUUGCUGUGGAUUUGAUGGGCAGUUAGAGCAUUUCCCCCCCUUCCUGACUGCAGGGCUGCACCGAAGGGGCGUUGAAAUGGAUGGAUAGUGCUACCAAGGCUUGCUUCCAGGGCUUAAACACAUUCAGUUGGAAUGAAGCUCCAAACGCAGCCCUCUUUUUUUCCGCUUUUGGCAUGGAUUUCUGGAGCCUGUUGCCGCUCGUCAGAGAAGCACCAUUCUUUUUUGGAAGUAGAUUUUUCAACUUAACCCUGGCUGGUAAAGGCUGCUGGUUUUUGUAAAUUACCGGGGAAGACCCUUUGAGCUGCACGGAGAAGAAGUUCAGGUGCAGAUUUGGUUUUUUUUUUUUUUUUUUUUUUUUUUUUCGUGUAUUAUUCGAGGAACUGCACCGCCACAGGCACAUGUCAUGGCUGCUCUGUUGAUCUGAGCAAGAAAAGCAAGCCACAGGAAACUGACAGUUUUAUUUUAUUUUAUUUUAAAUAUUCAUCUGCUGAAGAAGGUUCCCCUCUCUUUCCCUUCCUACUUAAAAAUUCUUGCUACUUUCCAAAUCAGGAUUCACCAGGAUUCGCCUGAAGACUUCUUAAAAAGCCUUCGUCACAUUUUAACGCAGCCAGACACUUCUGGGGCUCACCCACAUGAGCCGAGCAAGGGAAGAACAAACCUCAGCAUGACAUGAUGGGUUUCGGGAAAGUUCAAGAGAUCAUUUGAAGGAAUUGGAUUUACCUUCGGCACAGACGCGGGACGGGGCGGGGGGUAGGUGAAAAGGCGAAGACUGGAAGGAAAUAUCUGCGAAGGUAGAAAAAGGAAAUUUGAGAACUGAUUGGCUGUGGUUGCUGUCAGCGGGUGGAUGUCGUUUUCUUCUCUCUCUCUCUCUUUUUGCUACAGGAAGUGAUUUGCCGAGCUCACCGAGCCUUUGUUGAGAAGGGUCUCUUCCAAGUGAGUCACGCUUUCGCCGGGAGCAGCUCGGCGCGGCCGGGCGCCCGCUCCACCCGCGGCAACUAUGACUUUGGCCAGGCGAGCGGUCCAGCCCGACCCGCGGUCUCCCAGGCCCGCGCCGCGCGGCGGCCGCCCCGCUGCUUUGUAACGGUGCGAGGGUUCGCUCGUCGGCCUCGGCCGUCCCUCCCCGGAAAGGCUGUCCCGGGACCCCGGCUCCUCGUCCCGCUCCGGGGGCCCCGCGGUUCCGUGUGCUAUGCGCGGCAGUCCGCGCCGGGGCCGGCACCAGCAGCGCCCGGGCGGAUGCGGCGAGCCCACGGAGGGGCAUGCUUCCGCGCACCAAGUACAACCGCUUCAGGAAUGACUCGGUGACAUCGGUCGAUGACCUUCUCCACAGCCUGUCGGUGAGCGGCGGCGGCGGCAAGGUCUCGGCGGAGCCCGCGGCCACCCCCUACCUGGUGUCGGGCGAGGCGCUGCGCAAGGCGCCGGACGAUGGGCCCGGCAGCCUGGGCCACCUGCUCCACAAGGUGUCCCACCUGAAACUCUCCAGCUCCGGCCUGCGCGGCCUGUCGUCGGCCGCCCGGGAGCGGGCGGGAGCGCGGCUCACCGGUAGCUGCAGCGCGCCCAGCCUGGCGGCCCCGGACGGUGGCACCGCGACGCCCGGGUCCCGGGCCCCGGCCGCCAGCAUGAGUGCCACCAGGAAGAGCCGGGCCGGCGACGAGCCGCUGCCCAGGCCCCCACGGGGCGCGCCGCACGCCAGCGACCAAGUGCUGGGGCCGGGAGUCACCUAUGUGGUCAAGUACUUGGGAUGCAUCGAAGUUCUGCGCUCAAUGCGGUCUCUUGACUUCAGUACAAGAACUCAGAUUACCAGGGAAGCCAUCAGCCGUGCCUGUGAAGCUGUGCCAGGUGCCAAAGGAGCCUUCAAGAAGAGAAAGCCUCCAAGUAAGAUGCUGUCCAGCAUCCUGGGGAAGAGCAACCUCCAGUUCGCAGGGAUGAGCAUCUCCCUGACCAUCUCCACCGCCAGUCUGAAUCUGCGCACGCCCGACUCCAAACAGAUCAUAGCGAACCAUCACAUGCAGUCCAUCUCCUUUGCCUCAGGGGGAGACCCGGACACAACAGACUAUGUUGCCUAUGUCGCUAAGGACCCUGUCAAUCGCAGAGCUUGCCACAUUCUGGAAUGCUGUGAUGGGCUAGCCCAAGAUGUCAUCGGCUCCAUUGGACAAGCCUUUGAGCUCCGGUUCAAGCAGUAUUUGCAGUGUCCUUCCAAGAUUCCUGCUCUCCAGGACCGGAUGCAGAGUCUGGAUGAGCCAUGGACUGAAGAGGAGGGCGAUGGCCCUGAUCACCCAUACUACAACAGCGUUCCCAGCAAGAUGCCUCCUCCAGGGGGGUUUCUCGAUGCUCGUUUGAAAGCCAGACCUCACGCUCCUGAUGUAGCCCAGUUUGCAGGAAAAGAGCAAACUUAUUACCAGGGAAGACACUUAGGAGAUGCAUUUGGUGAGGACUGGCAUCGAGCACCCACCAGGCAAGGCUCCUUGGACAUCUACAGCACACCUGAAGGAAAAGUGCACAUGGCUCCCGUAGGAGAAACGCCAACCUAUGUCAACACCCAGCCAGUCCCGCCACAGGUGUGGCCAGCAGCGACCAGCAGCACCGAGAGCAGCCCACGGAAGGACCUCUUUGACAUGAAGCCUUUUGAAGAUGCUCUCAAGAACCAGUCUCUGGGGCCCAUGUUGAGCAAAGCAGCGUCUGUGGAGUGCAUCAGCCCUGUCUCACCCAGAGCCCCAGAUGCCAAGAUGCUGGAGGAGCUUAAUGCUGAGCCCUGGUACCAAGGGGAGAUGAGCAGGAAGGAGGCAGAGGCACUGCUGCAGGAAGAUGGAGACUUCCUCGUCAGAAAGAGUACCACUAACCCUGGCUCCUUUGUUCUCACGGGGAUGCACAAUGGCCAAGCCAAGCACCUGCUGCUGGUGGACCCAGAAGGCACGAUACGGACGAAGGACCGGGUCUUCGACAGCAUCAGUCACCUCAUCAACUACCACCUUGAGAGCAGCCUGCCCAUCGUCUCUGCCGGGAGUGAGCUUUGCCUCCAGCAACCAGUGGAGAGGAAACACUGAGCUGGCCCAGCACCCCGCCCCCAUGCCUUGUGCCAGGGUGAAAGAGAGAAAGCGCAGGAAACGAACAGCUCUGCGUGCCCACUGUCCGUAGAGGACCGUGCCUGUGGAGUGAACCUGAACCUGAGCUGCCCGAGGUUCACGCUGGAGGAAACACCUUCACCACAACCAAAGUCACUCACGCUGGAGCCACGCAACAGUUCCCAAGGCAGAGACGAGCGGACCACCCCGUCCCGGGACAAUGCGUUCCUUUUCCUCCAUUUUCUUCUUUUGAGCACUACGUGUGAGUUGCCAAUUGAGUGUUUCUCUGUUCGGCUGACUUUUGGGGGUAACUUGUUUCUGCGUAUUGUGAAAUUAUGUGGAUUUCUUUGUAUUCAGAGUGAAUCAUUUAACGUCUAAAGUCCCCGGAUGUCGGAGAUGGCUCGGUAAAUGUAAUGUGUGACAAGGUAUUUACUAGCUUUUCAAAAGCACCUGGAUGGCCAGUUAUACAUAUUGAUAUGUGAAUAUUUGAGGGGUUUUUUUUGUUUCUGUUAACUUUUGUGAAACACAAGCAAUUGCUGUAACAGCAGUCUGUCUGUGCAUAUAGCCAGCCUCCCUUUCUACUUUGAUACUGGCAUAGAAUUGGCUCCCUAAGUCACCCAUGAGGAGCAGAACCAUAAAACCAACUUCAAGUUUUCUCCCAUUUUUCUACGAUAAAACUUACAUGAUUUGACGAACAUUUGGAGAGUCCCAAGAUAUAACAGGUGAAGGUAAUUGGUCUAGAUUCCCUCACCUCUGUGAUGUUGCUUCCAGGCUCAUGGCCUUCACCGUGGGCCUGAAACAUCACACCCGAGCUUCUGGGAUGAGCAUGAGGAGGCAGUGAGUAGCAUCCCCUCCCCAUGGCCCCGGUGUAGCAGGUGGCAGGCCAACUCCUCUAGACACUGCUGCUCUUCCGGUUAUGACUAGGUCCCGGAAUGUGUGCCUUCAUCAUCCGCACAGCCGUCGAUGCACCUCUGAUUCCAUAGCAGCCCCUCUGCCCCCUCCCCCGACUUAGACACUAAAAGCAUUUGGGUGAUGAGGUUUUUGCAUUUGUCCGUACAGUUUCCAAAGCAUGGAGCCAGCGAUGUAAUUAGACGUUUUCUCUAAGAUGCACCUUUCUGUGAACGGCUCUCUCCCAGCACACAGGAUAACCAUGGCUCAAAGAGUGCGAGAAGAAACCAUUUUCAAACAGUUAAUUGUGUCAGUGACUGUAGGUGUAAGUCUGUUGGCAAUAAAGGCUACUGUGAAA